CCACCUCCCUGGCUGCUUCCCGGAGCCAGUUUUGUUAGUGCUAAGUUCGCGUGGGUCCUGACCGGGGUGGCGACGGUGGAGGCCGGCGGGAGGCUGCCCACAGCGCCACGCGCAGGAGCUACAUGAUGUGGGAAGUAAAACCACUUGUUUUCAUGCUUGGGAUGGGAGCAGAGAGGCAGGUGGCUCUGAAGUUUCUGGUGUGGUAUUGAUAGCCAACUAGCUGUGCCACCGUGUUAUGAUGCCAUCUCGUACCAAUCUGGCGGCUGGGAUCCCCAGUAGUAAAGUAAAAUAUUCAAGGCUUUCCAGCACAGAUGAUGGCUACAUUGACCUUCAGUUUAAGAAAAGCCCUCCUAAGAUCCCUUAUAAGGCCAUUGCACUUGCCACUGUGCUGUUUUUGAUUGGCACCUUUCUCAUAAUCAUAGGCUCUCUCCUGCUAUCGGGCUACAUCAGCAAAGGGGAUUUUACCAUUUGCGCAUCGCCUACUAUGCAUCCAAAGGCUACCGGGGUUACUCCUAUGAUGACAUUCCAGACUUUGAUGACUAGCAGUCACCUCAGCCUUGAGAAGAGACACAGUGCACCAACUUUAAGACAUCAAGCAGGAACUAUGGCUAAGUCUGAGGAAAUCUACAGUUUGCAGAUGUUUAGCAAAACAAUGGCCGGAUUGUAUGAAUGCUUUUCCAAAAUGCUCAUGCUUUAUAAUUAGCUAAUUAGGACAUGUUAUGUUUUCGUCUGCUGGCCCUGGCAAAGCUUGACAAGUUUUUCCACAUGCGUAUGCAUCAUGUAAGAGCUGUGAGGCUAAUUGUCUGGGAAAGCAGGCUAUUCUAUAGUGGAAAGUGUUACCCUCUUUUGGGGUGAGCCUUCCUUUUGCCUUCAUCGUCUGCUUGUUUUUGUAGCAUAUGAAAAAUGUAUUAUGUCUAGUUUCUUAUUACUAAGUAAUUUAUUUUUUAAAUAUCUAUCUUAUCCCUCACACUCUCCUCUACCUUCACAUCCUGGUAAAAUUAAAGUGUCUGUCUUAUCCUGUAUACUCUACCUUUAUAUCCUGGUAAAACUAAAUAUCUGUGAUCCAUCUGUAAUAGGCUUUUUAAACAAAUUGACAGCAACCUAGAUUUUUUUUUUUUUUUUUCGAGACAGCUAUUUUCUGUGUAGCCUUGGCUGACUUGGAACUUGCUCUGUAGACCAGGCUGGCCUCAAACUCACAGAGAUACUCCUGCCUCUGCCUUCUGAGUGCUGGGGAUAAAGGUGUGAACUACCAACACCCCCCACACCUGACUGACCUCAACCUAGAAUUUUUAAACCACAAAGUAGGUUUUCAAAAUGUAAACUUCACUGGGUGUGGUGUCACACAUUUUGAUCCCAGAGCUUGGGAGACAGGCAGGUGAAUCUUGAGUUCUAGGCCAGCCUGGUCUGCAUAUGGAGUUUUAGAAAACCAGGGCUUCCAAGUAAGACCCUGUCUCAAAUAAAAAACCAAAAACAAAACA